AUGAAGUUUCUCAACAUCUCUAUUGCUCUGCUCGGGUCCCUCCCCCUUCUCUCUGUGGCUGCUCCUGUAGCAAACCCUGAGGCAGAACUUGAGUUGGACCUGGAGAAGCGUCGAUCUGCGCAAACCUGCAAGAUCGUCAACGUUAACCCAGGGAACUACGUCAACUGCCGGUACCAGCCGAGCUUGAAGGCGGGCGAGAUCUUUGGCUUCCCCAAGGGAGAAAAACUCACCUUUGCCUGCUACAAGAAGGGCGACUGUGUGAAUGGCGUUUGGGGCAGCACCUGGGACCAAAUAACAUAUUUGAAGACGACAUGCUAUGUCAAUGGAUACUACACGGAUAGCAAUUGCCCCAGCAGUAUGUUACCACCUUUCUUUGCCUAG